GGUCUUAUCAGCGAAUACAGAGGGGCGGGAGACUUCCCAGCAUUUCAUUAUUUCUUCAUUUUCAGUAGUGUCUGGUCUGGCACGACACACGAUCAGAGAAGAGCAAAAAUUCGUGCUUCAGCUGUUGUCAGGGGAAGGAAGUCUUCCCGGCAUUUCAUUAUUUCCAGUAGUUUCUUUCUGGUACAACAUGCACUCGGAGACGAGCAAAAAUCUGUGACAUGGACCGUUCCAAGGCUGCUCUGGCUUUACAGCCUCUUCAAGAUGAACCUUCAGCUGUCUUCAAAUCUACAGUUUAUCGGAUCCCGUCUCUUCUGUACGAAAGAGAAAGUAAAACUCUUCUAGCCUUUGCAGAGGAGAGAAAGACUGCCAGUGAUGCCACCACAGAGAAACUGGUUAUGAGGCGAGGAACGCUGAAGGAUUCUGACGGGAAGAAAUAUGUUGAGUGGUCACCCUGUAAACCAGUGAAUGAGGCAAAAAUAGAUGGAUAUCGUCCCAUGAAUCCCUGUCCAGUGUAUGACAAAAAAAGCAAGACACUCUUCCUGUUUUUCAUCUGUAUCGAAGGCACUUUCACUGAUCAUAAUCAGAUAGCAGAUGGCAUUAACAGGACCCGUCUCUGCUUCAUCACCAGCAAAGACCUGGGAGAAACCUGGAGCAGCCUGACUAAGCAGAAUGACCUGACUGACAAACUGCCUGAAAUUAAACAUUGGGCUACUUUUGCUGUUGGGCCUGGUCAUGGUCUUCAAACUGAAAAGGGUAGAUUAAUCAUCCCGGUUCAUGCUUAUCCUUUACCUUGCUGCUCAACCUGCUGUUUCAAACGAGCAUCUGUUCGAGAUGCACAUGCACGCUGUCUGUACAGCGAUGAUGGUAAACAAUGGAAGUUUGGUAAAGAGUUUAAGACACCAUCAGGUGAAUGUGAAAUGGCAGAGUUUUUCGAUGGUGAUCAGAGUUUCAUCUACUGCAAUGCCCGUAAUAAUAAGGGCCCCUAUCGAGUGGAGGCCUUGAGUGCUGAUAAUGGAGAGAGUUUUGAAAUACUUUCAGGUGGGACACUGGUGGAAACACGUUACGGUUGUCAGGGGAGUGUGGUUGCCUUUCCGGCCCAAACUAAAAACUCACACUCAGAGGAGAAUAAAAACCAGUGGCUGCUCUUCAGCCACCCAACCAACAAAACCAAAAGGAAAGACUUAGGAGUCUAUCUGAACAAAAGUCCUCGAGACCCAAAGACAUGGAGCAAACCCUUGAUCAUAAAUGAAGGGCCGAGCGGCUACUCAGACCUGGCUUAUGUUGAGGAUGGUUGGUUUGUGUGUCUGGUGGAGUGUGGGAAGGUCAGUGAAGUUGAGCAGAUCGGCUGUAAGGUCUUUCACUACAGUCAGAUUGACACAAACUAAUGCAGUGAUGGAGAGUCGCUUUCACAGGACCAAAACAAUGGAGAGCUAAGUACUUAAAAGCCAAUGAACAGCCGGGACUGACAAAUAUUUGGUUAUAAAGCAAGACAACUGACUUCAGACGAGUGAGAUGAGCAUGAUGAAUACUAAAUCACACAGUGAUCACAGACACCGUUCGCUAUUCACAAGUAUGCAGGUGAGGACCUGUGACCAUACAGCUUUACCAAAUACAACAGCGACUGUUGACAUGGGAGGAUCCAGACGUACACUUGAUGUUGGGUUAUGAUUAAAGUGACUGCACUCAGACUAAAAUUACAGUUUUUUUUUUUAUUAUUAAUUUGUGUCUGAAGCACGCCCCUACUUUUUUUAAAGCGUUGUCCUAACUUCAGGACUCUGCCAUGAAUGACAAGAUAUCUUACACACCUCAAGCUUUUAAAUGUUGUACAGAACAUGUAAGACAAUUUCACUGUUAUAACCACAGAUGAAUAUAUUCAAUGUAGAGGAAUACAUUUAAUCUACAGUAAAGAUUAACACAUUUAUAUAUUCAAAUGACAUGUCCACAAUUUAUACUCUCAUGAUUAAUUCACAAAAAUUGUCUCCUAUUAUGACGACCUUUAACUGUCGUGAUUUCAUUCUGAUUUCAGCAGUUCUGAAAAUGAUCUGUUAGUGUUAUAUCCAUUGUAUGUAAUCCAAAUGAAUGUGUUGAAACAAUGUUGACGUCACAUGUUGAGAUUAAAGAUGAUUGCUGAGGAAA